UCCAUGGCCAGUACAAAUAACGUGACUGAGUUAAUAUUCACUGGCCUUUUCCGGGAUCCAGAUGUGCAGAGAGUGUGUUUUGUGGCAUUUCUCAUUGUGUACUUGGCCACAGUGGUGGGCAAUGGCCUCAUCGUUCUGACGGUUAGCAUCAGCAAAAGUCUCAAUUCCCCCAUGUACUUCUUCCUAAGCCAGCUGUCUCUGGUGGAGAUCAGUUACUCCUCUACGGUUGUCCCUAAAUUCAUCACAGACUUACUUGCCAAGAUUAAAACCAUCUCCCUGGAGGGCUGUCUGGCUCAGAUAUUCUUCUUCCACUUCUUUGGAGUCACUGAGAUCCUCCUGCUUGUGGUGAUGGCCUAUGACCGCUAUGUGGCCAUCUGCAAGCCUCUUCAUUAUAUGAACAUUAUGAGCCACCAAGUGUGUCAAGUACUGGUGGCUGGUUCCUGGCUGGGAGGCUUUGUUCACUCCAUAAUUCAGAUUCUCAUCACCAUCCAAUUGCCCUUCUGUGGUCCCAAUGUGAUUGACCACUACUUCUGUGAUCUCCAGCCAUUGUUCAAGCUUACCUGCACUGACACUUUUGUGGAGGGGGUUAUUGUGUUGGCCAAUAGUGGCUUAAUUGCUUUGUGCUCCUUCCUCAUCUUGGUGACAUCCUAUAUUGUCAUCCUGAUCAACGUGAGGAACCAUCCUGCAGAGGGAAAGCGCAAAGCGCUCUCUACCUGUGCCUCUCACAUCACAGUGGUCAUCUUGUUCUUCGGACCUGCCAUCUUCCUCUACAUGCGACCCUCCUCCACCUUCACUGAGGACAAACUAGUGGCUGUGUUCUAUACUGUCAUCACCCCAAUGCUGAACCCCAUCAUCUACACACUCAGAAAUGCUGAGGUGAAAAUGGCCAUGAGGAGGUUGAGGGGCAAAAAGGAAAACGUAGGGAUGGAGUGA